AUGUCCGGAAACGUUUUGCCCAGAUCAAUUCUUAAAGUUCCUCUAUCAUUAGGAAUUGGACGAUACGUUUGUCAGUUAAAGAGAGUAACUUUUAAAUUCUGUAAAGCACGUCCCGACAGCCUUGGCGUUCGUGAUUUCAUUGAAAGUGAAAUCGUCAAUUUUGCUCGGGCUAACCCAUCAGUUGUAUUUUAUGUAAAACCUCGUAGAAUGAGAGCACCACUUCUUGUUGCUGAAUACUUAAACGGUAAUUGGCAAUAUCUGCGCAUGGCAAAGAUGACAUCAGAAGAGAUAGCUAAUUGGCUUCAAUUUAUGAUUCACCGAUCCGGUGAAAACAUUGUUCCGAUUUAUAAACCCCGGUCCAGUCAUCUCCCUUCAAUUCAAGGAAUGUGGUCACCCUACGAUACUCCUGAUUUACCAGAGCCCCUGCUGUCUCCUUCCGAAAUCGUUGCAAAUCUGAAGGAUCUUUCCGCUUGUAAGUUUCCUUGGGAGCAGACUGCACAGGAGUAUCUUCAGCAACUACACGAAACAAGACAAAAACAACGAAAAGACGUGGACUAG